UGUCUCUGUCUCUACAUGGGGGUCUCACCUCCCCCCCCCAACCCCUUCUCUCGCCAGCUUUUCUAUUCGUUCUUCAAAUCCCUGGUGGGGAAGGAUGUGGUGGUGGAGUUAAAAAAUGAUCUGAGUAUCUGUGGGACCCUCCAUUCUGUGGAUCAGUACCUGAACAUCAAGCUGACCGAUAUCAGCGUGACGGAUCCGGAGAAGUACCCCCACAUGCUGUCGGUGAAGAACUGCUUUAUCCGUGGCUCCGUGGUGCGCUACGUGCAGCUGCCGGCGGACGAGGUGGACACGCAGCUGCUGCAGGACGCCGCGCGCAAGGAGGCGCUGCAGCAGAAGCAGUGACCCCCCCCCCCCCCCCGCUGCAGGGGGUACAGGGCAGAAAUCGGCCCCACCUGGCUGCUUCCCGCUAGCCCCCCUGUUCGGCAGCUCCUGCCACGACACCGAUGCUCCUGGACGCCUGGGUCCGUGGCUGCUCCCCCUCCUGGCUGGGAGCAGGAGCUGAGCCGCUGUCCAGGAGCCCGGACACCUGGGUCCACUCUGCUCCCUCCACGCUCUGGGAGUAGGAGCCGAGCCCCUAUCCAGGAGCCCGGAUGCCUGGGUUCUUCCUUUUCACCCUGCCCUCCCAGGCCCCGGAGGCCUGAGUGUCUCUCUGCAAGCCCAGGCCUCCAGACUCCUGGGUUUGUCUCCACUUGUGUUCGGGAGGAAACAGGAAAAGCAGAGGGGAACCCAGGCAUCCGGGGCCCUGCAUGGGGACUCAGCUUCUACUCAAGAGAAUUGGGUGGGGGCUGUGCCCUUUUUAGGGGCCUGGACACCUGGGUUCAACUCCCCUGCCCCCCAAUAUCCCCAGAUCUAGGACAACUGAGUUCUGUGUGCUCCCUGAGCUGCUUUUCUCUUCUGGGAUGAAUAUCAGGGUGGUCCUAGGUUUGUCGUGUCCUCCCCCCCUUGGGGGAAAAGAUUAUGGGGGUCCCCUUAGUUCUGGUUUGAAUCUCCCCAGCCCCCUCUUUCAUCUCCAGGGCCAUGGCCAGUUAAGCCUCAUUUUUAUUUUUAAACUCUUAAUUUCUCCAUGUUCUUUAAGGGGGGGUGUUUAGUCCCCCCCCCAUCUUUGGAGGGGCAGGGACUGCGCUCCUGGGGUGCUGUUAACUCCAGCUGGCAAAAUCCUGGAAGAGUUGUGGGGCGUUUGAAUUUCCCCGGGGGAGACUGGGGUUUUUUUAGGGUUCAGGCCGAGGGGGAUGAAGGUUUUUUGUAUGUUUGAUUUGUGGCUUGAAGUCUUGGGUGGAAUAAAAGAUUUUGGAGCCUGGUUACAAA